UUGAUUGCUGCCAUCUCCCUCGGAUUCUUCUGCUGCGUGAAGGUUGCCGAUGCCGUCUACUUCACCCGUCCAUGGUAUUCUCCAUCUCCCUUGCUGUGACUUGGACUCCACGCCUUGUCCCCAUUAGCAGUACGCCUCUCUUCCUUUCAUAUACUGCACCACUCGCUCCUCCUUCCUUCCUCGUCCUCUCACCACCAUGGCAGCUAUCGGCAUCGACCAGAGCAGCUUUUAGCGUCUGCCAUCGCCGAUGUUUCAGAACCAGAUGACCUGCAAUGGGAUGCCGCCGCUCUUCCCUGCGAACCUGUUGCUGCAGAUUCCCCACGACGAGACCAGUCCUCCGGGAUUCGGAGGCGAGAGGCCUUACCUGGCGAGCUACCCCCAGGACCUGACACUGGGACUUCUGUCGAACGACUGCGUGGGUGCUGCAAGCGUGGAGACCCUUCUGGGGAAACGAUCCGUGUCCUUCUCGAGGAUGGAGGCCUGCGAGGAGUUGAACAUCGAGGAGGACCUCUCCGACGACGGAUCGCAGCCGGCAGGCGAGAAGAAGAAGAGGCUGAACCUGGAGCAGGUCAGGGUACUGGAGAAGAACUUCGAGAUGGGGAAUAAGCUGGAGCCGGGGAGGAAGAUGGAGUUGGCCAGGGCUCUCGGGCUGCAGCCGAGGCAGGUGGCCAUAUGGUUCCAGAACAGGAGGGCGAGGUGGAAGACGAAGCAGCUGGAGAAGGACUACGAUGUGCUCAAGAGACAGCUCGAAGCCAUGAAGACGGAGAACGAAGCCCUGCAAGCCCAGAACAAGAAGCUUCUCUCCGAGGUUUUGGCUCUCAAAGGCAAGGAGACCUCAGAGCCCAUCAAUCUCAACAAGGAAACAGAGGGCUCCUGCAGCUUCAGGAGCGACAACAGCUCCGACAUCAAUCUGGAUCUCUCGACAUCGGAUGCCCACAAGAGCAGAGUCUUCUUCCCAUCUUAUAGGCCGCCCCCAGCUAAGACAGAGACACCCAAGGAAGAACACAGCAGCAUCCAGGAAGAGAGCUUCUGCACCAUGUUCUGCAGCACAGACGAUCAAUCCGCCUUCUGGGCAUGGUCAGAGCAACACAAUUUUCAUCAGUAGUUCUUCCGUCCACCGACUGAUCGAUAAAUUACCGAACGGUCAUCAUCACAUGCUUUAGGAAGAGCAGACUGUAUGCACAAGUACGUACGCGCGCUGGUUCACGAAGAAGAAAGCUGCCAGUUUGGGCUGGAAAGAGGAAGGGAGUUGCUACGACAAUAAGUAAUUCUCAUUGGUGAGUGAUGUUAUGUAUCUUCUGUGAGUCAAUCUGUGUGUUUACUUUUCCCAUAACUUGAGAGGUGUGGCAUACCGUACAAGAAUUGGAACAUAGGUUUCAUUAGGCUGUUCAUAGAUGUUUGCUGAACCAUGAAAUAAUGGGUUUCUUUUCUCCUCGAAA